AUUUAGUUGUUUGCCCUGUUUGCCGCGCUGUAGAAUCAAGUGCUGGCGGAUGCAGUAUCUGAUACCAGCAUGAAUAAGCUAUCACAGCACUAGCGCAUACUAUGAUUCUACUCAGCCACGUCGUUUUGCAUAACGAUCUACUAGCCACGAACAUUUACGAAGAUACAAAUAUGCAGAAGGAAGAGAGAAAAGGUCUGCUUCGGAAUCACGCUUCACUUAAGGAAAUGACUACAUGUGAGAGCCCUAACUCAUCUAAGAUUGAACAGCUAAAGCAUUUAAAAGAUGCCAACGGGGCAACCCCCUCCCCCCCUUUAUCCGAGAGGAUAUUAAAGCGACUGAACCCGAAAAUGAGGAAAGCGGGGUCUUUAGACGAGAACUUGUCCAAUUCCCGCCCUGCUACCCCUACAACGGGAAGAAACCAUAAAAAGACCCAAGAACGCAUGGGUUCCGCCCCUGUUCCUGCCAAUUCCCCUCAAGCCUCCACCAAGAAGAGAAACUUCUCUAUCAGGCAUAGGACUUUAGACUCUGAGGGUGACACCCCUAUGUUACCCAUGCAGUCGUUUUCACCUAUACAGCAACCUGAACCCACCCCGGAAGUGGAAUUAAAUUCACGCUCCCCGAAAAUGUUAACGAAAUGCUGCUUCUGGUCUUCAUGCGCUGAAAUGCUGCACAAAUUCAUGUCUGGAGUCCGUUUUGAAUCCUGGAGCUCUGAACGUCUCUACCAGCGCUACUUCUUCCAUUCCAAGAUAAAUAUGCUUAGCAUACUGCUAUGGUUACUCAAAUCUCUUUGCAUCAUUUUAUUUUGUUUUAAAUAUUGUACAGGACAAAAUUGGAACGACAUGGUGUAUGGAAUUAUUAUCAUUGUAUUGCUUCUACUGUGUAUUGCCUUGCAGGUGAUCUUUCUUCUCAAUGUACUUUCCCAGCACACAUUAUUCUUGGUGUCUUACAUCAUACUAGCCAUGGUUGUUAUCAUUGAUCUAGUGUCAGUUGUACUUUUAGAGCGGUCAAGCUCAAGCUACAUGGUAUGGCUCACUUUGUUCAUGGUAUACAUUAUGUACACCAUGAUACCUCUGAACAUUCUGGUGGUGUCUGCGGCCAGUUUUAUCCUCUCCUGCAGCCAUAUGCUUGUCUCCUAUGUUUCAAAUGGACCCAAGCCCCAUUACCCCAACCAGAUUGCUUCCGACUUCCUUUUGUUUUUCUGCACCAACGUGGUCGGCAUGUGCAUUCGUAUAACAUCAGAACUUGCUCAGCGAAAAGCUUUUACUGAGACGCGAGAAUGUAUCGUCGCUCGUCUUAAUCUGCAAAGGCAGAAUCUGCACCAGGAAAGGUUGUUACUUUCUGUUCUCCCACGUCACGUUGCUAUGGAAAUGAAAGGUGACAUUGACCAAUCGAAACCCAAGACACAACAAUUCUAUAAAAUUUACAUCCAAAAGCACAACAACGUUAGCAUAUUGUACGCUGAUAUUGAAGGGUUUACGAAACUUGCUUCACAAUGUCAACCCCAGUGGCUUGUUCGGACAUUAAAUCAACUUUUCGCACGGUUUGAUGCUCUAGCACGGGACAACAACUGCCUACGAAUCAAGAUUCUUGGAGAUUGCUAUUAUUGCGUGGCUGGCUUACCCGAGCCUAGACCUGACCACGCGCAUGCUUGUGUACAAAUGGGCUUGGACAUGAUAGACACAAUAUCUUUAAUUCGGGAAAUGACCGGCAUACCAGAAUUAAACAUGAGAGUUGGUAUUCACACUGGUCGUGUACACUGUGGGGUACUUGGUCUCAAAAAAUGGCAGUUUGACGUUUGGAGUAACGAUGUCACACUAGCCAACCUUAUGGAAGCUGGCGGCAAAGCAGGGCGCAUUCAUAUAACUGCAGCUACACUUAAGUAUUUACACGACGAUUACGAAGUGGAACCCGGCUAUGGUUACGAACGCAACAGUAAACUACAAGGUGUGGAAACUUACCUCAUAGUCAAGCAAAAGCCUCAAGCAAAGUUGCCGACCAUAAUGCCGCAGGUCAGUACCAACGAGUCCUCACUGCCGGGACAACCAGUUCCAACACAUACCAACAACACAAGGAGAAAUAAGAACAAAACAGCCAAGGAAAUGAAAUUAAUGGGCUUUGAAUACUCAAAGAACCUUUCCCACGAUUUACUGAAAGACAACAACAGUAUUUUAUCCGACGGCGAAGUAAACGACUUUUUGAACCGCGCAAUUGACGCACAAGGACUUGACUUUAUCAAGUCAAACCAGCUCAGCAAAUACUUUCGGUCUUUCAAGGAUAGAAAGCUAAAGGAAGAGGUGACAUUUUGGAUAUAUUUUCUAUCAGAUAAAACCUAUAUUAGAGUGGGAGAUGGGACACCUUUUUAUCUUCCACUACGCCAAUGUCAGCAACGCAUGUUUGCCGUCUACUGUGCGACAGCAGGUCUUAUUCUUCCUUUCUUUCUGGUUUCCACGAUCUGUUACAAGAUGCUGAAAAAGUCCGACUGUAGCUGCAUAAAACGUAAAGCUGUCACCUUUGUCUCAGUAUCAAUUAUUGCCCUAAUUUCAAGCAUGGCAGUGGGGAAUAUGUUCUUCUUUCUGCCUACGCAUGAUUUACGCACAUGCGCGGCACAAUUCGCUAACGUCACUCCAACUGCGUUGACCCCAUCCAACGUAACAGACAUACUCAAUAUAACAUUGUUGGACGAAAGCAAACCAACGAUAUGUGGACCACAAUCUUGCCAUUUUCCACAGUACUUCACUUACAGCAUGGUGCUGUCUAUGCUUGCCUGUGCCCAAUUUCUUGGUACGUCGGGAUUCUCGAAAUUAAUUUUGCUUCUCAGCCAGUCCGUGUUGUACACGUUGCUGGUACUUCUGGUAAACCCUACGUUGUUUGACAAUGCUGAUCUGCUGAACCAUGCUACAUUCGAAGAAAGCGUGAUGAUACCUCUACGUUUGAUGUCUCCGUUCAUUUUGAUGCUGUUCGUUGCUGCGGUGCUCAUGCAAGGCCAACAGGCAGAGCUCACAGCGAGGAUGGAUUUUCUAUGGAACAAACAGGCUGCUGAAGAAAGAGAAGAAAUGGUGAAGAAACAAGCUUAUAACCGGAAACUUAUUCACAAUAUCUUGCCUGUAGAUGUAGCCAAGUAUUAUCUUGAUAAGAAAGAAAAAAAUGACGAUGAUCUUUACUGCCAGUCGUGUGAAUGUGUCGCCGUUAUGUUCGCAACAAUAACCAAUUUCUCUGAGUUUUAUAUGGAAUUAGACGCAAAUAAUGAAGGCGUCGAAUGCCUGAGAUUGCUCAACGAAAUUAUCGCCGAUUUUGACAAUAUCAUUAGUGAACCGCAGUUUUACCAGCUUGAAAAAAUCAAAACGAUGGGCAGUACAUAUAUGGUCUCGUCGGGGCUAAAUAGCGCAACUUAUGAUAAAGAAAAUAUGAGCCACAUUUCAGCACUCGCGGUUUUUGCCAUGCGACUACAAGACCAGCUGAAAUUUGUCAAUACACAUUCGUUUAAUAACUUCAAAUUCAGAAUAGGGUUAAACUGCGGACCAGUGGUUGCAGGGGUAAUAGGGGCUCGUAAACCCCAAUAUGAUAUAUGGGGCAAUACGGUAAACGUUGCAAGUAGAAUGGACAGUACUGGUAUAGACGACAAAAUUCAGGUUUCAGAGGACGUUUACAAUCUCCUAAAAACAAAGGGUUUUGAUUUUGUUCCUCGCGGGUUUGUGCCUGUUAAAGGGAAAGGUACCAUGAUGACGUAUUUCCUCGAAGGCCCACGGCCCAACGAGGAACCCACGAGCUGAUAACGUCAUUAAAACCCCCAUAACCUAACCAGUUUUUCAGUUCCGCUACCAUAGUGGCAAAAAAAGCAAACUCAGGUUUCAAGCGAAAUUUCUGUGUCGUCAUAAAAAACGGACUUCUGUCAUUGUAUGACGCUACAUCUAAAAAAUGACGUCACUUUCCUCUAAAAAAAGAUUACACAUCAACCACUGCGUUCAACAAUCGUCUACAAGCCCCUAUUCCUGUUUCCUAUUAGUCGUCACAUGUCGAUAUAGAUGCUUUAUUUCACUUUGUCUCCUCGAAUGCGGCGUCUGAACUUUGCACAGCAGUCCUUGGUCGCAUACACUCCGAAAAGUCUCGAAAAAACACCCAAGUGUUAGAUCCCAAGAGCCGAAAUAUUUCUAGCAAUUCUCAAGUUCCAGCGUCGAUUUAGGCGUACUUAAUUACAUGCAAUGUUCCUUACAGACAAAGCAAUUGGUUUUACUGUGUUAACCUAGCUGAAAGUACAGCAAUUGGUUCAUGCAAAUAUUACAUGAAAAUAUCACUCACAAAGUAACAUACUUGGUUACUCGUAACCUGCCAUGAGGUGUAUGAAACAGAACACCCAUGUUUAAUGACUGUCAUUUUCCCGCCACGCGAGGAUAAAGUAGGUUACUUUCAUUCAUUCAAUACAACUUUACAGUGCCUGUCAAAACCCACCAAACUCUACUGUUUUUUUUAUAACUGAAUAUCUUGUCAUACUACCGUGCUGGCAUCUUAAUUAAACAGUACAACUAAAUUCCAAAACACUGACCCCUUCCCGAAUCCGUGCUACUUGACUCCAGAUGCAGGGGUCUUCUGACGCAGAGAUUUUGCGCCGCGAACCGCUUUACCCCACCACGUACUACACUUUAUUAACUGUGCUGUUUUUCGUGGAAUCCAUGUUUUAUUGGUUCCUAAUGCCCUGUCGUUUUAUUUACUUAUUUCCUUGCAAGAAUUGAUUGAUUUAGAAUCAUUGCAUUUUAUCGACUUCCAGCACCCAAUACUUGGGGUGGCUACUACAGUUUCAUUUGCGGAUCAGUAUUUUUAACUUUGCGGUUGCUUCGCCCACUUUUCUUCAAUUGACGGGGUGGCGACAGCUUCUAACGGUGCUUAUGCUUUCCUGUUUUUUUUGUAUCUACUGUGAAACUAUCAGAUUGGGAUAAUACAUGUGCUUACGUGUUAUACAAUAAAUUCCAUAUUUGCAUACAA